GAGGAGGAGGAGGAGGAGGAGGAGGAGGAGGAGGAGAAGGAAAGAGAGAAGGUGGCGGCAGCUGUGGUCCAGCGCAGGAGGAAGGAAGCCCCGUCUCAGGUCUCUCUGCCUCUGUCCACCACCGGCCGGGAAGAGGCUGUGUCAGCUCGGGAGGCCGAGGGGGAGGAGAGGCAGGGGGCGGAGAGCGAGGAAAUGGAGGAGCUGGGCCUGCUAAGAAGCCCGUGGAGAAGCCAGGUAAAGCUGAAAGAUGAGGAGGACAGCCUCGACGAUGAGGACGGUGAAUGGACCGAAGAGGUGCAGAGGCUGCAGGAGCAGCAGCUGCGCGCUGAGCUCCUGCAACAGUACCAGUCGCUGGUGGCGGAGCGCGGCCACUACCAGCGCUACAACAUUUACCUGCAGCACAAGAUCUCCGAGGCGCUGCGCAAGAAGAAGGGCCCGGAUGCAGCCCAGGUGCCCGACAAGGGCGCGGAGCCCGAGGCCCCGGGGAAAGAGCAAGCGUACCUGCGCUAUCUGGCCAUGCUGGAGGAGCUGAGGAAGCAGCGGGCAGACGACCUGGACUGGUAUCACCAGGAGCUGGAGCAGCUGAAGCGGGAGGGCACGGAGGAGCUCGCCAGGGCGGAGAAGGAAUGGCGAGCCUUCCAGGCGCUCAAGAAGCAGGUGAUGGUGCAGGCCAUGGGCGGCUCCUGGAUGAGGGGCGGUCGCCAGGCCGCCCUGCGGCAGGUGGAGCAGAUCCAGGCGCUGGAGGAUAAGAAGGAGAAGGAGAUGAGCGCCGUGAGGCUAGAGAACGUGCAGCUGAAACAGAGCUUGGUGCAUCUCGAGACCCGGAUGAGGGCCCAGGAGGACCUGACGGAGGGUCUGCUUCUCAUCGAUUUCGAACAGCUCAAGAUUGAGAACCAGACCUUCAAUGAAAAAGUCGAGGAGCGAAAUGAGGAACUUUUAAAACUGCGCAACAAGGUGACCCACAAUGUGCAAAUCGUAACCCACGUGAAGGAAAAGCUACACUUCGUGGAUUUACAAAAUGCAUGCAAGAAGUCACAGCUUUUGGAGAUUGAGGCUCAGGUAGCCCUAAGGAGGGACAUCUUGACCAAGACUAAGAAAGCCCGGGACGGCCUGAGGAUUGACAACAUCAAGUUGAACCAGAAGUGUGGGCUUCUGGGCAAGGAGCCACUCCUUUGCGACCUGGAAGAGAAAGUGGACAAGGCAAAACUGCUCAGGCAGCGUCUGGAAUCCCUGAAGCGCCAUCACGCCGGGCUCAUUAUGUCCUGCAGAGGCGUGAAGCAGAAGAUGCGGGAAGCCAAAGCCUUUCUCCCAUCUUAA